AUCCUGGGGCUUCGUUCGGUUUCAUCUGCCAAGGGAGCCCGAGUCGCCCAAUCCUCCGCUGAGGAGAAAGUUGAAGUGGUCGUCCCUCCGAUCCCGAGCGGACUCCGCACCCACGCACCACCCGAAUCAGGACCUUGAGAGUCCUAUCGCCGAAGAACCGGGACAGCAAGUCACUACCAUGUCUACCCCGUCGGUGUUGCCCGUCUGUAGGAUGAAGGCUCUAUGUUGACAUCUCGAAGCGCAGCAACCGCCGCUCCCACGGGCGACCAGCCCCUAUCCGGCCGAGAUGACCGAGACAGCACCGCGAGGCAUGGCCUGCCGAUGCCAGGGCUCUCCGGCAACGCCAAUGGACCCAUCGGUGAGCUCCCGCGCCGUGUCCGGCGACUCUCGCCGGCCGGCCGUGUUCAGCAGCAGUCGGGGCUAACUCAAACGGGCCAGGUAACCUCCUCAAGGGCCCCGUCGACGACGCCGGGCGCCUCAAAGACGCGGCGCUACUGGUCGGGGUCAAGCUCGAUCUUGAGGCUGAGAUACACGCCACAGCUAGGGUCCGUGGUGACAUUGUGGUGGGGCUAUAUUGAUACCGAGUUCGGAGACGAGGUGUGGCUCGGGGACAAGGUGAGGGCGGGCUACAAAGCCAUCGUCCAGGGCAUCGCACUCUACCACCCGUCGGGACGCGGGCACGACUCCGCUGUUGUCGCCUCUAUCGUGCUGCACGUCUGGGCUAGCGGGCCGAGGGGUUUCUUGCUUGCGACAUUUAGGUGUCUCGCGUUUACGCUCGUUUAGCGGGAGAGGUGGAACCAGUCUCUUGUGUAUCGAGAAUCGCCAUCAUCAGCAUGGUCGUCAGCAUGGUCGUCAGCGUAUACGCUGCGCUAGGGUUAGGUACUUGAAUUCAUACCCCCUGUCGUUCCUUUCGCCUCUAUCGGGGUUUCGCGUCGCGUAUGCUACUCUGCG